UCCCCGAAACGUCUGAGCAAGGCAGUGUCGCUGGGUCCUCUCAGUUCGGACCGCAAACGAAGAGCGUCGUCGUCCGUCUCUAGCGUGUCUUCUGUCUCCUCGAUUGAACUUAGCGACGAUGCGAACGAUUCCGAGGAGGAUGCCGAUGACGAGGAUGAACGACAGGCUGUGCGGGUUUCGUCGUACGGUCGUCGCGAACGGUCUCAUAAGGCGGGAUUAAAAUCGAAAAAGCGGUCGAGGAAGAUGAGAGAGUCGGAUGACGACGGGUACGAUGGCCAAAGAAGUGGCAACGAUGAUGACUCGGAGGACAGCUCCGACGAUAUCUACGCAGCGGUGGACUACAUUAGUGACGGGGACGAUGGGGAAGACGGCGAUGUGGAGAAAAUGGAGGAGAUGAUGAUUAUGGAAUCCGAGACGGAACAGGGGUUUGCUCCCUUUGCCGCGACUUCCGGUGGAGAUGCCGAAGCUUGGACGGGCCCGAACGUCUUUGAGGAUCAUAUGCUUCUGUCGACCGCCUCCUUCUUCGACGAGGAUCAGCUCUACAGUGCGAUGCAGACGUUCGGAGACAAUGAGCUCGCCAGCGAGACGGCCGUGGAGACACCGGUGCCGCGGCGUGUGCAUUUCGAAGAGUAUUCCGACUCUUCUUCGGACAGCGAUUCUCACACCGAGGAUGAGAUCCCCAGCGACUUUUUGCAGCAGGACUCGCUCGAUCCGCAACUGCGACGGAUGAUCGAGAGUGACAAUGAAACCUACAAGCGCCAUCAUCGUCGGCAGUCCGAGGAGAUGUUCGCCGAGUCGGAUUAUGGCCAUUCCAACAUUUACCACGUAGAGUCCGACGCCGCUGCAUCCGAGGGAUCCGAGUCGAGCGGCUAUGAGACCGAUGAUGGCGAGACUACAGACGAAGAUCUUCCGCCCCCGGCGACCAUCACCCAUCCGCGAUCGAUUCUCCGUCGCGACUCCUCUGCCUCGCUGGCCCCGACGGCGGAUGACAAGAGUGAUACCCCUUCUCGUCGACGGGGUCCCGUCAUGGGGACGUUCGUCGCAGACCCUCACAAGCCGGUCGCCCUGGUGGACUGCACUGGCAAGCACCUGGUGAUUAUACCCGCCUACGCAUCGUCCCGCCAUGAUUGGUUGGAGUCCACGACGAACAGCAACUGUAACACGGCCAACAAUAGUCCGCGGGCGACCACGAUGCAUCUCGUAGACGAGAGUGAUACGGAUGCUCUCGUCUCACCCAGCCAUAUUGACUUGAGUCCCAUGCUGGCCUCGAGUGCCAACCUCAUGAUGACAGCCCUCGGGAAUGAUAUCGCUCCCGGCGGUCAGGUCAUGGGCCCCCCCGAGGCAUUCUACCCGUCGCAGGAGUUCACCAUUGAUAGUUCCUUCGAGGACGAUGAGGAUGAGGAUCCCGAGUCGGUUCUAAAUGUGAACGACUUCAUCGACUUCGGCGAUGGGUCGUCCGACGACGACGACAUGGAGAAGGCGUCUGAAGACGACAUCCUCGCGUCGCCGAUGGCGCCUCCCUCCAUCCACACCGCUGCGGGCACGCCGACCCCCAGCCGCUGCGAGGAGAUGCAGCCGGCGACCAGUGCGGAGCGAUUCCUCAACCACCUGGACCAGGGCAUCGUCACGGCCUUCCGCCGAAACCACAAUCGCUACCAAGCCCUGCUACGCCUUCCCCAGCACCGAGAGUUCAUGCCCGCCAAUUCCCCCUCCCGGGCGACCAGCGUGUUCCGACAUGCGCGCCAUGCGGACCAACGCACGCCGACGCGGAAACGCAAGGCUGGUGGGUACACGGGGGGCGAAGCUGUCCGACGCAAGCUCAUGGAUGCCCACCGCCGCGGCCAGCUCCCUUUCUAA